ACCCAAAACUUUAACAUUCGGAGUGUGGGUGACUUAUCAUUAUGUAGACUGGAGCCUGUGGUAAAAAGAUGUAGCCGCUAAGCAAUGGUCCCCUUGUGGACAUGGAUAAAACAUUUGCCUGAUGCCACUAUUAGCUCUGCCUUCCAAGGUUUCUGCCUGGCCCUGGGAGGAGAAGCCUGGAUACCUGGGACCAGUGACUUUCAAGGAUGUGGCUGUGGUUUUCACUGAGGCAGAGUGGAAGAGACUGAGCCUUGAGCAGAGGAACCUAUACAGAGAAGUGAUGCUGGAAAAUCUCAGGAAUCUGGUCUCGUUGGCAGAAUCAAAGCCAGAAGUCCCCUGUCCCUCUUGCCCUGUGGUCUUUGGCAGUCAGCAAUUCCUUAGCCAAGAUGAGCUACACAAUCAUCCUAUUCCAGGAUUUUAUGCAGGAAAUCCCCACCCAGGAAAUCCCUGCCAGGAGGAUCAGCCACAGCCACAUCGUCCUUCUGAUAAAAAUCACUGGGGGAGCUGGAGCAAAAGAUCACAAGUGGAAGGAGGAGUCAGACCCUUGUUUUGGAGUACAAAUGAGAGAGGGACUUUAGUGGGUUUCUCUAGCCUGUUCCAGAGACCACCAACAAGCUCUUAGGGAGGCAACAGAAUAUUAGAGAUACAGCUCAGUCCAGCCCAUGCAAGCUCUGAGGAAGUAUACAGAAUUUCCAAGAGGGCAAAAACCCCAGGGUUUGGAGCGGUCAGGUUUGGAGAGUGUGCCCUAGCUUUUAGCCAGAAGUCAAACCUCUUCGGACAGAAGGCAGUCACAGUGGAAAAAUCUUCAGACAAAAGACAGUCACAGAUGUGCACAGUGUGUGGACGAGGCAUUCGUAACAAGUCACACCUCAUUCAGCACCAGAGAAUUCACACAGGGGAUAAGCCUUACGUGUGUAGGAACUGUGGCCGAGGCUUUGUGAGAUCAUGCCUCAUCAAACACCAGAGGAUACUUUCAGGUGAGAAGCCUUUCAUAUGCAGAGAGUGUGGGCGGGGCUUCCGUGAUAAAUCCACUCCUCAUACACCAGAGGGCACAUUCAGGGGAGAAGCCUCAUGUGGUGAGGAGUGUGGGCGUGGAUUUACCCGGAAGUCAACACUCAAGUCACAUCGGAGAACACACUCAGGGGAGAAGCCUUAUGUGUAUGGGGAAUGUGGGUGGGGAUUUAGCAGCAAGGGAGUCCUCAACACACACUGGAGGACACACACGGGAGCAAAGCCUUACGCAUGUCGAGUAGCCACAAGUCCACUCUCAGCUCACAUCAGAGGAUACACUCAGGGGAGAAGCCUUCAUAGGGAGUGAGAGUAAGGUGCUGGUUGGAAGUGGCCCCUUAAGAGACACUGGGAGUCAAAUCUGUCCACUGUACACCUACCCCCCUCUAGUUCUAAGGGCUUCAGGGACAGUCUUCUGACCCCUUUUAUUCCUGCAGAUGUGAAGAUGGCAAAGCUCUAACUUUGGAGAGUAGAGGUGCCAAAUGAUGGUCCUCUUGGAGGAAUGGUCUUUACACCUGACUACUUCCUCCUGCAGCUGUGCUCUUCCAUUGGUUUCUAUGACACUCUUCUGCUUUAUUUUUUUCUACAUCUCUAGCCUUUGCUGUAUUUUCUCCUACCCCACCUUAAGGUUUUACUCACAGUUCAGUCUCCAGCCUUAUGAUCUGAGGGACUCCUUAACCAGGUCCCCUUUCUAAUCCUGCAGUCCCAAGUCCAAGAUUAUUUAACCACACUCUAAAAGUUCUUCAGACUCAGGACUUAAACCUCAUAGCCAUGCCAUGUUGGCCCUCAGUGACAGUGAUGACUGCUAGCAAUGCCGCGUCAUCGACCUUCGGAUGUUAGGUUUAAGGGUAUUUAAACACAGCUCCUCUUAAAUCCUCCAAUCUCAGUUCACAGUGUUUUAUAGCCACACUCAGGUGGCUAAAUUACAUCCAGUAAUCAUGCUAAGGCCUUUAGCCAUCUGUCCCACACUCCCAGGGCCCAUAUGGCCCAGGUUCUGACAGUUUGCCUUACUCCCUUCUUGGCCUGGGGCUAGCCCUAUCUGACACCCUCUGUCAAUGAGUGUACGUACCUUGGGGAGCUGGUCCACUCAGGCCCCAGUGUCUUUAUUUGCUAAAAGACUCUUUGUCACAGAAAAGAAGGGGAGAGAUCUUUGGGUAGCCUCAAAUUACUUAGGCUUAGUUUUGAUGCUGGAGAAGAAGGACUUGUAGAGAGAAAAGGAGUUACUGGUCCAGAGACUUUUGUUCACUCCCUCUCACUGGAAGUGGUUGAUCUCCAGGGAAUCUCCGAGGUUAGCCUGGUUGGGGGAAGGGCUAGGGGUACCUGGAAUGUAGUUUCUCCUUACCCGUGCCUGGCCUACAACCCUAAUGCUGCCCCUUUCCCAUAGCCUGAGCUAAAAGCCACAGUGUGUGUAUGUGUGUGUGUUUAGGGGUUGCUGAGCAGGGGAAGGAUGGGUCACCAUCAUUCCACAAGACCUCAAAGUUACUUCUCCCAUAGAAAACCAAAGUAGAAAAAUUAAUGAUCAUACA